AUGGACGGGCCCCAGCGGUCCCGAAGGUGGCCUGGGCCCCGAGGGGCGAGUCAGGUGAAGAGGGUCGUUGGCCUCAGCGAGGAGGUGAGGCUUGGAAGUUCUUUAGGACCCGAGCCGCGCAGCGUUACGCGCCGGGGCGGGGCUUCGCGCCGUCGGGGCCGACGCUGCGAUCCAGUGCUGGAGGCCGGCCCGGUGGCCCACGGGCCCCUGCCGGUGCCCCUGGUGCUGGACAACGGGUCGUUUCAGCACCUGGGUGUCUCCUCGCAGGGCUGUGUUGACCAUCCCAUCGUUUUGACAGAAGCGGUGUGCAACCCGCUGUAUUCACGACAAAUGAUGUCUGAGCUCCUUUUUGAAUGCUACGGGGUUCCCAAGGUUGCCUACGGAAUAGACAGCCUGUUCAGCUUCUACCACAAUAAGCCAAAGACCUUGAUUUCCAGUGGGCUCAUCAUUUCAUCUGGGUACCAGUGCACACAUAUUUUACCCAUCUUAGAAGGGAGGUUAGAUGCUAAAAAUUGCAAACGCAUCAAUCUGGGAGGAAGCCAAGCAGCUGGCUACCUCCAGCGUCUCCUGCAGCUGAAGUAUCCUGGGCACCUGGCGGCUAUCACACUCAGCCGCAUGGAGGAGAUCCUGCAUGAGCACAGCUACAUCGCGGAGGAUUAUGUGGAAGAAUUGCAGAAAUGGCGGUGCCCUGACUAUUAUGAAAACAAUGUGCACAAGAUGCAGCUCCCAUUUUCCAGCAAACUGCUCGGCAGCACUCUGACCGCUGAGGAGAAGCAGGAAAGGCGGCAGCAGCAGCUGCGGCGGCUGCAGGAGCUGAACGCCCGGCGGCGGGAGGAGAAGUUGCAGCUUGAUCAGGAGCGGCUAGACAGACUGCAGUACGUGCAGGAACUUCUAGAGGAUGGCCAGAUGGAUCAGUUUCACAAAGCCCUGAUGGAGCUGAACAUGGACUCCCCAGAAGAGCUGCAGUCCUACAUACACAAGCUCAGUUCGGCCGUGGAGCAAGCUAAGCAGAAAAUCCUCCAAUCCGAAGUCACCCUCGAGGUGGAUGUGGUGGACAGCAAGCCUGAGACCCCUGACCUAGAGCCACUAGAGCCAUCCCUGGAAGACGUGGAAAACAUCAAUGAUUUUGAACCCUUGUUUUCAGAGGAAACGCCAGAAGUGGAGAAGCCGGUCGCCGCUGUCCAGCCCGUGUUUAACUUGGCAGCAUAUCACCAGCUGUUUGUUGGGACAGAAAGAAUUCGGGCUCCAGAAAUUAUCUUCCAGCCAUCUCUCCUAGGCGAAGAGCAGGCUGGGAUAGCGGAGACCCUUCAGUACAUUCUGGACAGGUACCCAAAGGACGUUCAGGAGGUGCUGGUUCAGAACGUUUUCCUCACCGGCGGGAACUUGAUGUAUCCUGGGCUGAAAGUUAGAAUCGAGAAGGAACUGUUGGCAAUGAGACCCUUUCAGUCAUCUUUUCAGGUUCAGCUUGCCUCUAACCCUGUGCUGGACGCCUGGUAUGGUGCUCGGGACUGGGCCUUGGACCACCUGGAUGACGAUGCCGUCUGGAUCACCAGGAAAGAAUAUGAAGAGAAGGGAGGAGAGUACUUCAAGGAACAUUCUGCUUCCAACAUCUACGUCCCCAUCCACCUGCCAAAGCAGGCUUCACGCUCCUCAGAAGCCCAGGCGUCAGGCAAAGGCUCAGGGGCCAGUGGAGGCAGUGCUGGGCUCCCUAUUGGCCAAGCCCAACUGAAGCCAGAGAGCCUGGCUGAUAUAGUCCCCACAGGUCAGUCUCCUGGGGGCAAAGACCAGAGUGGAGAAGGCUGGAAGAGGACCUGAAUGGAGCAAAUGAGUAAAAUCUGUCACCAGCAUGACAAAUAAUGCCAUGAGGAUGCAAUCAGCAAAAUCCAGAAUGCAGAAAAUUCUCCAGGACUAAUAACCUUCUUUUCUCCUUCCUUCCAUCAAAUAAAUUGCCAAGAGGAAAGAAAGGCAGGAUGGGGGAAGCUAUAAAUUAAACAACUUUUUUUCCCUCCCUAACAAAUAAAUUGCAAAAGGAAUAAAAAGAAGGGGAGGGCUAUAAAUUAAAAGACAUUUCAAACAACACAAAGUGUAGAUCUUGUUUGGACCUGAUUCUAAUAAAUCACUGUUAAAAAAAAUAAGCUUCUGAAGAAAUCUGGGAAAUUUGAACACAGUCUGGAUAUUUGAGUAUGUGAAAGAAUUAUUGAUGGGUUUUUAUUUUUAGAAGUAAUGUGCUUAUGGAGGGGGGAGAGAAUGAAUGAAUGAAUGAAUGAAUGAAUGAAUGAGGAUGCUUAUAGAGAUACAUACAAAAGUGUCUGGGAUUUGCUCCAAAAUAAUCAAGUGGGGUACAAGGGAAUGGGAGGGGGCAUGUAUGAAAUAAGAAUGGCUUGUCUGACCAGUGUGGCUCAGUGGUUGAGCUUCAACCUAUGAACCAGGAGGUCAUGGUUAGAUUCCUGGUCAGGGCACCUUGCAGGCUCGAUCCCCAGUAGGGGGUGUGCAGGA